GUGUGUUUGUGUGUGUGUGUUAGGAUCUUUAAACAGAACCUAAGCGAACUGUGAUCCAGACGUACCAGUAAACACACGAACAAAAUAGUUAUUUCGCCAAUCACCAAGUCUCCUUGGACAGAGAUUUAAUCAAGAAGGUCACCAUUGUAGCUCACUGUGGUGGACCCAAUAGGGCUUCAGUUGCUGGGGCAGCUCUUCUUGCCGUGGCCACCCUCUUUUGCACUGUGACAUCAGCUGGCUGCAGAUGGAAUCCUGCUGUUGGUGCUCUGCUAUCUGUUGAAGUUUACCCUGGGAUGCAGUGGGCAUCUCACAGGAGCCCUGGAGAGUGCAUCAGCUGUGAUGAGCGCCUUCCCUGGCACGGCCAGUAGUGGUUUAUGGUCUGUCUCUAUCGUGAAUGAUAGGCCUAUGAGCACUGUCCUACCAUGCCCCUCAAUGACGAGCGACCAACCUCGACUUCCGCCGCUGCCAGCGAGGACCAGGGUAGCGAUGGAGAGUCAAUGUUGAGCCGCUGUGACAGCACUAACUCAGCCAGCGACCUGGACUAUUCCCGCCAGAGCUUUACCAGCGACUGCUCCAGCAAGCAAAGCUCGCCUUCCUCCAGCCCGCCAAAAACCAUAACACUUGACGAGGUCAUGACCACUGCACGGGACCUGUCCAACCUAAACCUUGCCCAUGAGAUUAUUGUCAACCACAGCUUCCAAGUGGAGCAGCCAAACCUGCCAGAGAACAGUCUGGAGAAGCGGGUCAGAGACAUGGUUCACAAGGCAUUUUGGGAUAGCCUGGAGGCUGAGCUAAAUGACGAACCUGCAGAAUACGAGCACGCCAUCAAACUACUGGAGGAGAUUCGAGAGAUCCUGCUGUCAUUCCUGAACCCAGGAGCCAAUCGGUUGCGGACACAGAUCCUGGAGGUCUUGGACAUGGACCUGAUUCGUCAGCAGGCCGACAAGGAGGUGGUGGACAUCCAGGGACUGGCCUCUUAUAUAAUCAGCAUCAUGGGAAAGCUCUGCGCACCCAUCAGAGAUGACGAGAUUAAAAAGUUCCAAGAAGGCUCCUGUAACAUUGUUCAAAUGUUUAAGGACAUCUUUCGCGUGCUGGACCUAAUGAAGAUGGACAUGGUGAACUUCACCAUCCAGAACUUGAGGCCUGAGCUGCAGAAGCAGUCUGUGGAGUUUGAGAGGGCCAAGUUCCAAACCAUUCUGGACAAGACACCCAGUGCGUUGGACCAUACUACUUCCUGGAUCAAGUCGGCCCUGGAGGAGUUGAUGCUGUCCAUGCCUCCCACGGCCCAGACCAGCAGCCAGGGGAAGGGGGGGAACGCCCUGCCUGGACCUCUCCUGGUCAUCAACACUGGGUUCAUCCAUAUCCUGUUUUGGAACCACCAAAAGAGUCCACUGCCCGAGACGCUGGUGACAGAUGAGGUGCGUUUGAGGGAGCUCCAGCGCAGGCUCCAGCUGCUGCAGACAGUGGCCUCCGUACUGCUCAUCGUCUACAGCGCUGUGGGUGGGGCCGUCUCUGGCCUGCCCGCGCUGGCCGACCGUCUCAAGAGGAUGACCAGCAUCCUGCUGGAGGGCAUGCACAGCCUUCAUUUCAAUCUGGAGGAGGCUCUGGAGGGUGUCAGUAGACAGAUCUGCUGUGAGCUCAACAAGUCCCUGACUAAGAGGAACUACCUGGCUCUGCCCGUGGCCCUGCAGGCCACCCUCAAGGGCCAGAUCUGUGCCCUCACUCAGGAGAGCAACCCCAUCCGCACACUUGUGGAGGGGCGGGUCCAGGAGUACCUCCAGGUGUUCCUGUCCACGCCCAACUCCAACGUUAACCCACCCUCAGUCCCAACCGGCUUAUCUGCUGUCGAGCCUGAGUUUACUGCUUUAGGAGUCUCGUUUGUUUGCUUGGUGAACUACAACAAGCAAGUGUAUGGCCCUUUCUACACAGGCAUCCUCAAGAGCCUGCUCUUCAGCAAAACCUCACCCCACCCAUCCUUCAGCUCAGGACCCCCCUCAGACCCACCUGUGACUUCCAGCUAGAAAGUAACAUUUGAGUUGUUGGUCAGAAAACAGGGAGGAAGGAGAUGUACAGGGAGGAAGGAGAUUAACUAAUCAGCUAAUCCCAGACUCAAAGCUUUAGGUAACAUAGUUGUCCUAUCUACACAUUUCUCUGGAGCAUUGGAACACAUGCAAUGAAAGCGGUGCUUAAAAUAAUUAAAAAAUAUAAAUCCAUAGCCCAAUGGUUCCUCCCUAUUAAGUACAAUUCAAUAUGUGCUUGGUAAUUUCUUUAGUGAAAAUUAGUAGAGCCCAGUCUAACGUGCUGAACCCAGUGUGGGGUUAAGAAUUGAUUUAGUUACCCUUGUAUAGUGAAUCCAUAUUUCCCUCUGUGAUUUGACAUGUGUUCUAUUAUAUUGGAGUACAUUUGCCUAGAAAGGGCUGAAUGUUAAAUGCUACUGUUACAAAGAACAUUCAUAUAUAUUUUUGUCAAACUUAGUAUGGUGCAUUUAUGAAGCAAUUUAUCAAACAUUUGCCAAUCAAAUGAUCUGUUUAUCUUCAUACAUGGCUCAUGGGUGUUGACCUACACGGGUGUUUUCCACAGAGACCUGUUAAGCUUAUUAAGGGUUUAUAAAGAGUGUUUGUCAUAGUCAUAGUUUUAUGAAUAGUCUAUUUAUGGAUACUUGGUGGUCAACAAUAGUUGUGGAACUGCUUGAAAAGGUAGUCAACAAUUGUUGUGGAACUGCUUGAAAAGAUGUAUCAAAAUGCUUGAGUGCACUGACAUUUCUAAAGCAAAUUCUUUGACUUACAUAAAGAAUAUAUUUAUAUAAUCAUGUCCCAUUUUAUAGAAGAAACAUGUCAAACUAUUUAGUACUGUUACAUGCUGAGGUGAACAACACAAGAACACAACAAUUAUGGUAUUGCUUGUAGAGUAUUCAUCAAUAAGUACAUUUUUUAGUUUUGUCCUGUGAUGCAUUUGUCAUUGGAUAUGUACUGUUUGUUUUACUAAUAAUUAUUGAUUUCAUGUCAAUUUUUUUUUUUUUUACAAAUGUGGGAUGGGGGAAGAACAUUUGGAUCCUUGACCUGGGGAAGAAUCUGCAUGAUUUUUUUUACAUUUACGUACAUUCUUGUUACUUAUUAUUUAGUAGUUCGUUGAAUUGUAUUGUUUCAGAAUAUGAAAAAUAUAUUAAAAGCUUGCUUAAAUACUUGAACCAGUCCUUUUAAACAUGUUCUAAAUACAAAACACAAGUCUUUUAUUUGGGUGUAAAUCCUAUCAUAAGAAUGGGAGAGUUUUUAAUUGACAACAUUAUGUAUUGUUUACUGCAAGCUUACUUGAAUUAUUGGAGAAUAUGUUUUGAUGUCUUCCUUAUAUGUACUGCAUCUAUAAUACAAUAAACUAUAAACCAGG